AUGCCCAUAACCUGGACCCCAGAAGCAGACGCAAAGCUCCUCCUCGGCUUCGUCGACCAAUUCAAAGAUGCCAAUUUCAAGCCCGACUACAACAAAUUAGCCGCGCAUAUGGGUCCCGAUGUAACCGCCUGCGCAGUCCUUAACCACAUCAUUCGCCUCCGGCGGAUGGUUGCGAAAGAAGAUGGGCAUGCGGCCGCGAGUACUCCUGCUGCGUCGCCGAGCAAGUCGAAGUCUACUACGCCUAAGGGCAAAGCGAAAACGGGUGGGGUGGUGAAGUCGCCUAGCAAGGUUGCGAAGAGGGUGAUUAAGCGAGAGUGUGACAGUGAGGAUGAGGAGGAUGAUAAGAUGGCAGUGCAGGUGGUUAUCAAUGUGAAGAAAGAGGAGAAGGAUGAGAAGUAG